AUGACAAUACUUAUACUCGGAGUCGCGACAGUCAACAACACCGUCACCAUCACCGACGACGUUUGUCUGCAGCCAACCGUCCCCAUCAGGGCUUGGUGUGUAUACGACAUUAUCUACUUUGUGGAGUACACUGUCCCGAACGCAUACGGUAAUACAAGUCAAGCAAGAUUUAAUCGAGACAAGGGGCCGACAUCCUCCGCCUAUAGUUCCUGCCUGGUCACUGAAUAUAUCUAUACGACUUACUCUGUCGCAAUCGGAAACGGAUUCAUUACGUCCUGGCCGGUUGAGAACACCAGCACCGUGUCUCCACCCGCCCAGGGUCCCAGAGGGUGCAUAUCUGGUUUGCCACCUGGCGCGCGAGUGGUGAGCACACUUUCUAUCAUCACCAGCACUCUGCAGAGCGCCGGUGCUGGUUGGCCCUCGUCCACUUCUUUGACAAGCGCUGGUACUCCAAAUGCGCUCCCUUCAUCCUUAUCAAGCACGAUACAAGUCCCUGGGUCGUCGACGACAGUAUCUCCCGCAAACAGCGCUACAACUUCAACAGGCCCAUUGACAGGACCUUCUGUGCGCACCACGGCAACGGCUACUUCGACUUCUACAGGUCUAUCGACAGGAUCUUCUCCUCGCAUCACGACAACAGCUACUUCGGUUUCGACAGGUAUAUCGACAGGAUCUUCUCCACGCACCACGACAACGGCUACUUCGACUUCAAGCACAGUCGCUUCCGCCUCUAGCGUCAGGACGUCUUUGUCGACAUCACCUUCAUCGAGCAUCUCAAGCAUUGCUUCUUCAUCCUACACUUCUACGACUAGUCGUCUAGCGACCAGUACAAGCAGCUCCACUCAACCAUCCAAUUCCGAUUAUACAAUCAUCAACACCAGUGGCUGUAAGGACCCCUCGUCUCAGCUGGCAGAUAAACUGUUACUCUGGCAGACAGGCUUGGAUUCAGGGGCCACUUUGUUCGCCUACGGCACCGUCGACAGCUCAGGGACAGUCACCGUCACUGAUGAGGUCGUCGAGGAUGAGAGCGGCGAAUUCUUCGAUAUCGAUAUCACUACUCUUCCAGACUCCCUCGUCGUUAUCUUGAUGGACGGAUCUUUCGCCACGUUUACAAACUCAAAUCCCAUGGUCAUAACCUUGGCUACGUGCGGUAGUCAAGCCACCAAGAGAUCCGUCCCCAGCCAGCUAUUGUAUGCUGCACUGGCAAAAAGGCAAAAUGCGGUUUCAGCACAAGUGUCGGUGACUGUUGUCGACACCUGCAAUAAUCCAGUGAAAGGGCUAGCUCUCAAGGUCACCUGCUCCGAGGAGUCCCAACAUCUGACAGGCUCCUAUCCCAACAACCACGUUGCAAAUCUAGAUACACAAUCUAUCGUGGAUACCGGGACAGGUCUCUACGUUGGAUCGUGUGCCUAUCUAUCUUCGAGCCAGGUACUGUCCAACUGCGAAGAUGCUAUAACCAGCCUGUAUCAGCCAUGCUCGGCCAACCAAGAGUUCAUCUCUGCCGUGGCGACGGUCUCCAUAGUCGGCGUCUGCUCCUUCUUCACUCGCGGCCGCUCCGGUUGUGCGGCGUUGAGCGUUGUAGGAUUUGUCUGCUCGACCGUGGACAAGGCAAACGCCGACAACAGGGCUUUGAUGAUACAGUCGUGUCAGACCACAGUGUCCAACGUCGCCCUCUUCGUGGAAGUCGACGGAGUGCCAGGGCAUGCGGGAGUGGGUCUAAUCGCUGAAGGCAUCAAUGCGGGCCUCUAUCCCGCCAGUACUACCGUCACAGUUCAGGCGACAGCGGGUUGCAGCACCUCCACCACCACCACGACUACGACGAGCGCAACCACUUCUACGACUACAACCAGCACGACCGCUCCUACAACUACAACCAGCACGACCGCUCCUACAACUACAACCAGCACGACCGCUUCUACAACCACAACCAGCACGACGGCUUCUACAACCACAACCAGCACGACCGCUUCUACAAGUACUACCAGCACCAGCACCACGAGCACCACAUCUAGCACUACGACUAGUAGUAGCACCACGAGCACCGCUAGUAGCACGACGAGGAGUAGUACCACGAGCAGCAUCUCGAGCACCACAACCAGUACCACAAGCACCACCAGUAGCACCACGACGGGCAGUACAACAACCACUACCGGUACCACGACUACAACCUCUGCAGGCUGCUCGGCCGCCUCGCCCACCUUCCUCCCACAAACCUACGGCACCGACUUCACGUGCCCUAGUGGCUUCGUGGCUGAAAGUUCGGGGUUCAUUCUCUGCUACAACUGCUGGCAGGACUCGUCCGGGGCCAUCUACGACGUCGUGUGCUCCUGCUGUAACGAGUACUGCUGCACGGCCAUCACGAACGCGGAUUUACUCAGCGGCCUCGAUGGGCCGGACACAGGCGUGCCGAUCCUGGGCGGCAGUUGCGGGUGUGAAUCCUCCGGGUUUGGAGUGAUCGAUUAUUGCAGCUCCUCCUACGGCACCAUUACCCCGGAUAUGUGCUCGACCGACAACCCCGCGAACUAUGGUUGCUUCUUGGCCGGUGAACCGUAUGGGUCUUGA